GUGAAUGAAUGUGCGUCGAUCUUUUCAAAUCUUCCAGUUAAAUUUUGUCGGUUGCCCACUUUCAAUCAACUUUUGCCUUGUUUGCGACUGCUGUGACAGCGUGAGUUUCUUCUUUUGCUUAACGCUUCAAUUUGUCAGCGAUCGCUUUUUUGACGAUGGAUGCAGAACAACAUAAGAUUCUCGGAAAUAGACUUUUCGCUGAAAAACGCUUUGAAGAUGCUAUAAAAGAAUAUACCUCUGCCAUUAUAAAAAACGCAAGUGUAUGCGUUUAUUACACAAAUCGUGCCUUAUGUUAUUCUAAACUAGAAAAAUAUGAUCCAGUCAUAUCUGAUUGCAGAAAAGCGAUCGAUAUUGACCCCACCAUGGUGAAAGCAUAUUACUUGCUCGGCCAAGCAUUGACAGAAAAGAAACAGCACACAGAAGCAUUAAAUAAAUUGAAAACAGGCUACGAGUUAGCUAUACAAAAGAAAGUUAGCUACGUCAACGAUAUCCUUCAGGCUUUGUUAGUGGCCAGAAAAAAAAAAUGGGACGAUGAUGAAGCUGUUCGUUUAGAAAAAGAAUCAGAACUACUACGAUACGUGAAAGGACUAGUUGAAAAGGAAAGGAAAGAAUUAUUAGAAAAAGUGGAUCCCAACGAUGAGGAAGAGAUAGAGACAAUCAAUUACAAUAUUGAUGAAAGAUUAUCAAAGAUACAAACAGUAUUUGUUCAGUCAAAGGAUAAUGCUUUUCGACGCGAAAUUCCAGAUGCUUACUUGGACAAAAUUUCCUUCAAUAUUAUGCAUGACCCAGUUUUCACACCAGAUGGUAUCACUUACGAACGUCAGUCUCUCUUGGAUCAUUUCAAACGAAACGGUUAUUUCGAUCCUAUAUCAAGAAAUCCUUGUCGAGAAACGGACCUUAUUCCUGAUAGAUCAUUACGGGACGCUAUUGAAGAUUUCUUAAAAGAUAAUGGUUGGGCUGCAGGUAAUUAACGAUGUCAAGCGUACUUUUGUUAGAGAAAAUUUAUGCUAACUGGCUCUUACAAAACUUCUAGACUAUUAAUAAUGACUUUCAUAAAGUAUGGUUAUUCAUUUGUAUUUAGUUAGU